AGCUGCAAAUGGACGCAAAUGGCAUCCAUUGCUUCCCCCCCUCCAUUCAGAUAGCUUCCCGUUCUCCCGGAACAGCAAUGCGCGGUGAGGGUCGGCUCCUCGUCCCGUGCAGCCCAGCAGCAUCUCCCUCCAGCAGUCAGAUGGGAGGGGACCUCGGGCACGGAGGCAAGUUGGAAGAUCCGAGCGGUAACGCGGGAUGCCAGUGGGUUAUCGAGUCACAGAACCACGAGGCUGGGAAGGACCUGCAGCAUCCUCCAGUCCCCAUUGGCCGCGCUAAGCACCACCCCGCAGCUCGCAGCUCCUCACCCCGCCUCCUGCCCGCUGCCAGGCGCCUCCCUGUGCGCCAUUCCGGCACCUCUGCGCCAAAAAAGCUCCUCCUCUGUUCGACCCCAACCUCUGCGACGACGCGAGGCCGCUUCCUCCGCUCCUGGUCGUCGCUGGGAGCAGAGCCCGAACCCCUCCUGCUCGCAGCCUCCCCUCAGGGAGCCGCAGGGCGCGCUCAGGUCUCCCCUGAGCCUCCAGCUGAACAACCCCGGCUCCCCAAGCGGCCCCGUCGCGCUGCAGCCCCCCGACGGCAUCGCUGCCCUUCCCUGCGCCUCGAUGUCUUCUUGUUUCGUCCUGAGGGCUCCAACCCAAACCCCGGCUCCCGCUCCUCCCCGCAGCACGGGGUGACGACGGCCCAAGUGCAGCGCCGAGCCUCCGGCCUCAGCCCUUCCUUCAGCCCGGCUCAUCCAGGCUCCCCGCAGGGCCUCCGCCCCCGAUUUGCUGCGCUCGCUGCCCUCCUCCGCCUGAUGCAGGACGCCGUUCAACCGCACGAGGCCCAGCAGCGCCCCCCUGGGCUCCCCUCGGUACGAGCCCCCAGCCGGAUCGGCUCCGUGGAGCUGGGCACCAAAACGGGCGCCCCGUCCCCACGAAACCCC